CAAACUGAGACUUCUCACUCUUUACUACGGCAGAAGUUCGUCCAAUUCAAAUCCAACUCUAAACUCAACUUUCCUUUUCCAUGGCCGACUACCGGCGAGGAAACGGGGCAACGAGCAGCUAUUCCAGCCACGACCAUAAAUAAACCAGGACGCCGUUCAGCACGCCAAUUAUGUUCAACAACCGGGAUGCUCAAGUGAGCUUCCUGGAGUUGAAGCUUUGGAUGCCCAACUUAUUCAUAUAAAGGUAUGUGCUUUCAUUCUGUCUUCUCCUGUAAAUUGAUUGUGAUUGCUUUCCAAAAUCCUUUAUACUCUCCCCUAUCUGUGACGCGG